AAAUUUUAUAAGAAAAGAAAUAUUGACAAGAAGUGAAAGAAAUAAAAAAACAAUGCUUGACCUCAAAACCUCAAAACUCCCACAACUCCCCAUUUCUUGAAAUCAUUCCACCCACAAACCAAUGCAUUCCACCCUCCCAUACACACCAUCAUUUUCAGCUAGACAAGUAAGGAAACCAAAAUCUUUUAUUUUUUCUAUAUAUAUAUAUAAAAAAAAGUGUAAUCAUAAAACAAAUCUGUCUCUCAUACACUCUCUCUCCAUCUGUCAACUGUCAUGUCUUCCAUGAUUUUACAUCACUUUCAUAUAAAUUCUUCAGAGCUUUAGUUAUCCAACACCAUGCACAUUUGUGAUGGUCAGCAACACAAACUACUGAACUAGGCCUUAUAUAGUUAUAUACACAUAAAUGAUAAAACUAUAUUUUUUUAAAAUUAAUUUAAUAAAAAAAAGGUCAUGAUUUAAUAAUAUCUUUUCACUUCCACUCUCAAACAGUCCCACUAUUAGCUUGAAGAGUUGGGUGUUGGUUGUCACAGUGACAAUUGGAGUUGAAAGCACCCAUCUUUUCAUGUCUUAAUUGUUCAUCAGACUACACCAUCUUAAUAGUAGUAGUAGUAUUUUAGUACUUGCUAAAAUCACUACAUAUAUUUCUAAUAUUUACAUUUAUCUCUUUGCACUCUUCUUUCUUGGCUCUUUUUAUUAUCUUGAGAUUCGUCUUUUACAUAACUUCUAUAUUCUAGUCUACAAAGAAAAAUAAGAGGGGUGAAAAAAGAUGGGUUCUUUAGGAAGUUAUGAAGGAGUUAAAGGUAAAAAGGCAAUGUGGUUGUAUCCAAAAGUGUCUGGUUUUAAUCCUUCUGAAAGAUGGGGGCAUACUGCUUGCUUCUCUCAAGGUCAUGUUUAUGUCUUUGGGGGAUGUUGUGGGGGUCUGCAUUACGGUGAUGUCUUAGUCCUGAAUCUAGACACAAUGUCCUGGACCACUCUAGUGACUACUGGGAAGGGUCCGGGACCACGAGAUAGCCAUAGUGCCACGCUGUGGCGGAACAGGAUUAUAGUCUUUGGUGGCACUAAUGGCUCUAAGAAGGUCAAUGACCUCCACAUUUUGGACCUUGAAUCCAAGGAGUGGACCCAACCCUUGUGUACCGGUGCCUACCCUUCAGCACGCGAGAGCCACACUGCCACCUUAGUUGGGGAUGAUUAUUUAGUCGUGUUUGGCGGGAGUGGUGAAGGGGUAGGAAACUACUUGAAUGAUUUGCACUUUUUGGAUCUUAAGACCAUGAGAUGGACUUCCCCUAUGGUGAAGGGUGAUGCCCCUCCUCCUAGAGAUAGCCACAUCAGUGCGGUGGUUGGGAGGAAGGUCUUCGUAUAUGGUGGGGAUUGUGGGGACCGCUAUCAUGGUGAUGUGGACUUGUUCGAUCUCGAUACCUUGACGUGGUCUAGAUUGGAAGUUCUAGGACCUUCACCUGGUAGGAGGGCAGGACAUGCUGCUGUGAAGAUUGGAACUAAGGUGUAUGUUGUUGGUGGAGUUGGUGACAAGAAAUACUACAACGAUGCUUGGGUCCUCGAUACAGCUAUAAGUUCAUGGUCUAAGCUUGAGAUUUGUGGUCAGCCACCUCAAGGGCGGUUUUCUCAUACAGCAAUUGUUACAGACUCUGACAUUGCAAUAUAUGGAGGGUGUGGAGAAGACGAGCGUCCUUUAGGGGAGCUCCUUAUAUUGCAACUCGGGAACGAGCACCCAAAUGGACGCUACAACAUUUCCAUGUGCAAGAGUUUUGGAAAUCAUAGGAGUCAACCAAGGAGAAGAGGUCAGUCCGAUACUCAAUGGCAGAAGACAAUGCUUUUAGGGAGUUGCAUUGAGACCGAAAGAAAAGAUGCAAAUGAGGUUGACAUUUUACACUCAAAGAGGAGAAGAACCAUUAAUACAAACACAUGGGAGAAGGAACCAGAACAGGAAGAGCAUUCUCUUUCUGUCUCACAGAAUUCGUCUCCAUCUCAAUCUGAUCAAGAACAAACAACUGUUCAAAACCCAACAUCCUCCUUACCAGCAUCUCAAAGUUUCCAGUUCCCGCCUUCUAUUCAUCCAUUAAAUAAACCUCCAAGGAAAAGUCAGCAUAAUCUGCCUGAUGUUUAUAUCUUAGGGGAGCAUCGACCGAGCCAAAGACAUCCACAUUCCUUACCAUUGUCUCAUGCAGUUCGAAGUGAUGUGGAAUUCUUAACAGCAGAGGGGAGACACCUAAACCAAAGUGUCACUCAAAACUUGAUUGGAGCUGAAGUACAGGGGAAAGUAGACGGGUCAUUCGAUUCCGGUUACCUAAUGACUGCUACUGUUAAUGGGAGAAUGCUUAGAGGGGUUCUGUUUGCUCCUGCACCAAAUUUCACGUAUAAAGGAGCGAAUCGAUGCCAAAAUAGCUUUGGUCAAGUUACGGUUGCUGAGCAAUGUACAAACUCUAACAGAGGAUCCACUCAUGGAAAGAGUCCAAUUGUGCAGGCCAUAAAAAGCAGUGGUGUAGGAUUCAGCCAUGAAUUUGGUCAUGGAAACAUUGAUCGCCCCUCUCCCAUUCUUCGAGCUCUACCGAGGAGGGAUCAGUUAUUAAGAGAUAGAAGUGAUCUUCAAGGUGUUGUUCUAACGCUAGGAGGACCUGGUGCAGGAAAUAGUCAUGGAUGAGUUUGUAUAGUUGAUACUUAUACCAAUCUACUAUAGUGUCUGUUUUGUCUAUUAAUUUCGUUAUAAAGUUUAGAUGAAGUUAUGUGUUAUUA